AUGCAGCCUCUCAUUGCUGUUGCUUUGUUGGCUCUAGUCGUGGUUGUGACUUCAACGCCAAUUCAAGCAAACAAUAUUGGUGGUGGACCGGCUAAUUUAGGUCUACCACCACCAAAGGGUCCACCACCAAAGGGACCACCAAGUGGUUCUCCAUCAAGUGAUCCUCCACCAAGCGGUUCUCCACCAAGUCGUCCUCCGCCAAGCGGUUCUCUACCAAGUGGUUCUCCACCAAGUGGUUCUCCACCAAGUCGUCCUCCACCAAGUGGUUCUCCACCAAGUCGUCCUCCACCAAGUAGUUCUCCACCAAGUGGUUCUCCACCAAGUCGUCCUCCACCAAGUCGUCCUUCAUCAAGUGGUUCUCCACCAAGUGGUUCUUCACCAAGUCGUCCUCCACCAAGUGGUUCUCCACCAAGUCGUCCUCCACCAAGUCGUCCUUCAUCAAGUGGUUCUCCACCAAGUGGUUCUCCACCAAGUCGUCCUCCACCAAGUGGUUCUCCACCAAGUCGUCCUCCACCAAGUGGUUCUCCACCAAGUCGUCCUCCACCAAGUGGUUCUUCACCAAGUCGUCCUCCACCAAGUGGUUCUUCAUCAAGCAGUUCUACGCUUCCUCCACUCUGA